AUGCAGACAAAUUCUGGGGAAAAGUCGCGCACGCUCUUCAACCGCUGGUUGGCGGUUUUCCGGAAGCAAGAUGCCGCCCUCGCAGUGCUGCGUACCCUGCCGGAAGACCACAAACACUUGUUUGGGCUUUUCGCGCAAGAAAUUGCCGAAAAGGGCGUCCGCCGGUACGUCGUCGCCUCCUACAGAGACUUUGUUGGCGGCUAUCUGAAGAUGGUCCGGUCGGAGAUGCCGAAUCGCCAUUUGUACGAGGUGUUAAUGGAAGACCGGCCGUGUUGGCUUUAUUUCGACAUCGAAUUUUCCAAAGCCCUCAACCCAGAGAUAAACGGCGAGGAAGCUGUGGCGCUGUUGAAACGCUUGCUGGCAAAGUUCCUCAGGGACCGCUUCUCGUUUCCCCUCCAAAACAGCGAUAUUGUUGACCUCGAUUCGUCCACUCACGACAAGCUGUCGAGACACCUGAUUGUCAAGGCCAUUCGAGGUCGAGAACCCGCACACGGAAAGUUCACAUACCGCCAUGACGCACACGCCCUCUGGCUCGUCAGGGAGGAACAAUACAGCGUACGAGGCGAGCUGGAAGAGAAGGAAAUGGAAAAAGAGGACAAAGAGGGACGAGACGCCGAAGAGGGACGAGACGCCGAAGAGGGACAGGACGCCGAAGAGGGACAAGACGCCGACGGGGGAGUCGAAGAAAAGGAGGAAAGACAUGCUUCUCCCUCCUCUGCUUCCUCCUCCUCCCCUGCUUCGUGCUCUGCGUGUUUUUCCUUGGCGCCCUCCGCUGCCUCCUUCCGUACCUCUGUUUCCGCGUCUUCCGCGUGUUGCUCUGUCGCUGCUGCUGCGGGGGGAGCGGGCCACUCGGGUGACGGUCGAGACGAGCAGAAAGAAAACAAGCAAAUGCAGGCUACUGCGGAAGACGGAAACGAACGAGAUCAGAACGUGAGUUCAGCCAACGAAUUCCCUUUGAGCGAUGACGAACGCGUGUCUCUGCUGCGUUCGCUCGUUUCUCUCGUCCCGCCGUCUCUGCCUGUCUUCCAUCCCCGCCAGGAGGGGCAGUCCUUUACCGCGAACUUGCGGAUUCUGCGUCGAGGAGGCGAGACCGAAAACGAAAUUGAGAAGGCAAAGUGCGAGAGACGCCCGUGCUAUCUAGGGGAACUCAUACGCUAUGCUGUGCACGCGUGGGAUGGGAAGCUUGACGCGUACAGACACCGCAAGAGAGCCGAAGAGCGAGAACAUGCUGGAGACGAAAAUUCCCAGGCAGGGCGUCAUGGUUCUUCGUCUUCCGUGUACGCCUCCUCGGCUUGGCUGGCGGUCGGGUGCCUGCCGAACUCUCGUGUGCCUCAAACGCUUCUCUCAGCAGAGAGCGAUUUUCAUUCGCACACGUCCGCCGCGUCUUCCGGUAUGCCCAGAAAGACCCGAAGGCUCAGCGACAGGCGAGGGGACGACGGCCACGGGAAACUUGGUUGGAAGCUUAGUGGGAGCGACGUCGUCGAUUUGCUGCGAGAGCGAGAAGAAGAGAGGCUGGCUAGAGAGGUGCACACAGAAGUCGCGUCGUGCCUGUUCUUCACCUCCACCCAAACGGCCGUCGUGACUCUCAGAGGCAAUCGUUUCUGCGAGCGCAUAGGCAGGCCUCACAAAUCGAACGCCGUUUCGCUCGUUCUUCUCCCAGAGAAGGGCUGUUUUUACCAGAAGUGUUACGAUCCAGAUUGUCGAGGCUUUCGUUCCUCUCGCGUCGCCUUUCCUCCCCAUCUUCAUGGCCUGCCGGAGGCCCUUGAAGACCUGGCCCGAGUUUCCCUUGAAGGCGCCGAUGACGCGUGGCCCGAAGAAGGCGAAUCUCGGGGGGAAGAAAGCGCGCAGCGGCACAGGCAUGAAAAAUUGGAGGCAGGAGUGGACAAUGCAGGAGGUCGAGCCGAGGAAGACGCACAAAAAAACAGACAGAAUAGAGAAACGGGGAGACCCACGAGUGAUGGGCAGCACAGUUCUUUACCCGGAGAACACGAAGAGGGCGAUGUGGACCUGGAUGAUAUUUUGGCUGCUGUGCCUAUUUGA